AUGGUGAUCCGCGUGUUCAUCGCCUCCUCCUCGGGUUUCGUGGCGAUAAAGAAGAAGCAGCAGGAUGUGGUUAGAUUUCUGGAAGCCAACAAGAUAGAGUUUGAGGAGGUGGAUAUCACAAUGUCAGAAGAACAGAGACAAUGGAUGUACAAAAACAUUCCCCCAGAAAAGAAGCCUGCUCAGGGCAACCCUCUGCCGCCUCAGAUAUUUAAUGGUGACCGAUACUGUGGAGAUUAUGACAGUUUUUUUGAAGCAAAGGAAAGCAACACAGUCUAUUCAUUCUUAGGCCUGAAACCACGGUUGGCAUCAAAGGCAGAACCUUAGAGAAGACAAGUGGAAGAUAACGGAGAUGUAUUUUGGAGCGCCCCCUGGUACUCAGCACACACCUGCUUACCUAAUACGUCACUGUGACUAAAGCCACGUGCAUCAUCAGUAACUUUGCUUGCCAUGGAAAAGGUGUUUUUGGAAGACAUGGGUAUAAUGGGAUUGCAUGAUUGCUUUAAACCAAAUCAGGACUGUGGUGGUUUUUUUCUUAUUUUCAGAAUUGCCUGCAGUUGCCUCAUUCACCUGGAGGUACUCUAACCUGUUAUAGCUGUGCUUCCUUAAUGACUGAAAGAUAAAUGGGUAGCACCAUUGGAGAGAAAAUGCUGAAUCUGCCCUAGGUUGUAGCUGAUGGCAGUAUUGCUCAGACCUGCCUCUCUUUAAGUGGCCUGGAUUGUAUCCUUGAAAUUAGUUUGCCAGACUAUUAGAAUCUUUUGAUCAGACAGAAAAAAAGCAAUGCUGGUUGACAAAGGGCUGAAGAUUUUUGCUGCAAAAGUCGCAGCCAUCACUAUUCCAGUGCUUUGUAAUAGCACCUAUAGAAAAAGAUGUUCUAGCCUCCUUUGGUAAUGGACACUCUUAUUUCCAUAAAUCCUCCAAACUCCUCCAGAUGUUU